AUGAACGGCGGAACAGCCGAUGGCCAUGUCCAAAAGACAAUCAUCGUGACGGGGGGUGCAAGCGGCAUCGGCCUCGCGAUGGUCGAGCACUUUGCUUCCCAAGGAAACAACGUCGCUGUCUUUGAUGUGAACCUAGAGGUCGGCAAGCAGGUCGUUUCCAGCGUUGCGCAGAGUCACCCAAAAGCCAAGAUACUGUUCAAGAAAUGCGACGUUUCGUCGUGGCAGAAUCAGGCAGAGGCCUUCAAGGAUGUGUACAGCGAAUUUGGACGGGUCGAUAUCGUCAUGGCAAACGCUGGCAUUUCUGAACAGGGAGGAAGCGCCAUGGCAAGCAUAGAAGAGGAUGAGCCCAAAGAGCCCAACCUGAAGAUCAUGGACGUUGAUCUUACUGGCGUCAUUUACACCGUGAAACUGGCGAUACACUACAUGAACAAGAAUGCAUCAGCCGGCCCGUCUCGAGGCUCAAUCAUCUGCACAGCUUCCAACGCCGGCUUGUACCCAUUUCCAGUGUCGCCGCUCUAUGCAGCUGCAAAGGCUGGGGUCAUAGGCCUCGUCCGAUCAACUGCACCGAUCGUGGAACGACACAAGAUCCAGAUCAACGGGUUGGCCCCUGCGGUAUUAGUAACGAAUAUCGCGCCGAGCAAAGAGUUAUUCGAGGGCAUGAUCAUUACACCAAUGUCGACUUUGAUCAAAGGUGUCACAAAAUUUGUGGACGAUCCAAAGCUGAAUGGCGAACUGGCAGAGAUUCACGGAGACAGUGCCACACUUCGGCCGCCGCACGACUACAUCGAUGAGGAUAGUAAGAAGAAUCUAGAGAGGUUCUGGAGCUUAGGUUACGCCUGA